CUGCCUUGCAAAACGGCCUCUAUCUUCUUCUUCAGUGGAAUAAUCGUUUAUCAGAGCAGAGAUGCUCGAUUCGCCGCCCCUUCACUGCCGUUUCAUCACGACUUGGCCGUCAGUGCCACACAGUCGCCCUAACAACUCCCUUCUUCUCCCAACGCCUUACACCGCUCUCUACAAUCUCCAACCUUGUAAUUCCAAUUCCACAAAAUUCCGGUCACUCCAUUUCAGUUUAUCUCUUGUUCAUGGCCCAAGACCAAUGUGUUUUCCUGUUUCCGCACUGAAAAAGCGUGGAAAAGGCGGCGUUUCCCUAACUGACCAGAGUGAUUCCGACAAUGAAUUCGACGGGGACGAGGACUUGGACGGAGAUGAGAUGCUUUUGCCGUUAGCGAACAUGAGAGAGUGGCUUGCGGCGAGGCCUCGUGGAUUCGGAGAGGGGAAGGAGUAUGACACUUCGAUUGAAGAGAAAUUGCUACAAGAAAUCGAGCAGAGUAGGAAAGCUCAGGCUGCAAAUAUCAAUAAGCUCAAGAGUCAGCCUCCUUCCAACCCCAACUCUGGUAGAAAUGUCGCAGAUAAAGAAGCUCCAGAAAUUGCUAAUACUGGAGUUCGUGUACGCGUUAUCAACCUUCCUAAAAAAAGGAACAUUCACAGGGAUCUGAUGUUGGCUUUCAAAGGGUUCCCUGGAAUAGUCAAUAUAACUCCUGCAGUCAUUGGAAACAAAAAGACUAGGGAUCCAAUCUGCAAGGGUUUUGCAUUUGUUGAUUGCAAGUCUGAAGGAGACGCCAUCAGUUUCUUGCAAUCAUUUUCUGGACAAUAUCUUACGUUUGGAAGGGUUCAGAAGCAAAUAAAAUGUGAAAUAAUGAAUCAACAAACUUCCAAUUCGGCUCGUGAAAUUUCGGUGGUUAGUACCAAUCGUUCUCGACUAAGUAUUCUUGAAGAGGAAGCAGGGCAGGUUGCUGAUAUGGACAUGGAUUUAGCCGGUGAAGUCGAAAGAACAAGGGUGGAGGAUAUUGAAGACAAUUUAGCAUAUGUUAGUGAAUUACACUCGGAUGAUGAGGACGAUAAUGGUGUCGAAUCAAGAACAGAGUCCAAAAUUCUGCCACCAUCGGAAAAGGAACUAGAUAAAAUCCACGAACUAGAAGAAAUUCCUCCUCAAGGAAGAGAGGAAGUUCAUAGAGAAGCUCCACCUAUCAAUAUGAAAACUAAGGUUUCAAAGAAGAAGCAACCUAAGGAAAAAGGAGAGAAGAAAUCAUCGCUAGUUAUUCCAGGAUCUGCGAAAAGGCUAAGGAUAAAGGAGAAGGCUGUCUUAACUGACGUGUACUCAAGAUAUGGAAAAAAAUCAGCCGUGGCUUCAAAAGAAGGGAACUAAUUGGAGUGGAUACUCUCUGAAAUUAAUAACUUUGGUUAUGCUGCAGCAAAUAGGCUGAUAAAAGACGCAACAACAGCGAUGUCUCUUGCCUCCAUCGAGUGUAUUGUUAUGUCAUGUAAAAUUCCUGACAAGCAUGAGAUUUAUCAUGUUGAAGUAGUUGGAAUCACAUAUCUUUCAGGAAAGGUUUUGUUUAGAAAGAAAUUUGGAGUUUAUGACAGUUGAGAGUUUUUGAAGUUCGUUGGUUGAGUUGUGUCGGGUGAAUUUGGUCUGUAAAAUUGUGCGAUCCUCAAACGGAAUGCCAAUCCAUCUAAUAUUUAUAUUCGAUUGGUUUGAGUUCGUUGCAUCGUUGACGAAGGCAAUAACUAUAUGUAGCAGUUGCUUGCCUGCAGAAUCAUUAUAACUGUAAAUCAAUGAGCAACUUGUUUCUGCCUUCUAUUAAA